AAUAUUCUGUAUAUAGUUAUUAUGUUAAAUGUCUACUCAGACCUGCCUAUGUAUAGAUAUUCAUAUCUGCAUUUGUACAGAUCUUCACACAUCUCUUUGGCUCCUUUCACAUCGGCCCUUUAUUAUUCUUUAUUCUAUUUUUUGUAUUUUUAUUUUAUUUGUCCCAUAACCAUCCGAUCACUCAAAAUGUGCCUCACUACUCCAGAUCAUUUUACUGUUGACUGCUCUCGUUUGACAGCCUGAAUUGUGGCUCGCAGAACUUUGGUGACCCCUUGUGGCUGAUUUAGAGAUUACACGCAGUUUCCAGCAGGCAAGGCGCUGUAGGGAGACCCUGAGGCCAAUCCGGGAUGAAGCGAAACGCCUGUGAUGACCAUGAUCGCCCGAGGAGCAGCGGCCUGUCUUCCGCGACAAUGUGCCAGCAAAAAGGUGCUCGGUUUGGGCUGCAGCCGUGAUUUUGACGUCAUCUCAAGUUUCCGGCUGUCAGCAAGCAGCCACACGACGGUUGACACACCCUUUAGCUACGCACACCUUCGCAAGAGCUUAAGACACGCUCGCCGUGUGACCGGAAAAAGCUCAUAGAGCUCUUGCUGCUAUAGUGCCGUCUGUCAGUGUAGCAGACACGCGUGGAGCGAGCUGUUAGCCGGCGAGUCACUACCACCUGAAGUGAGGAAGUGAGGAGCUGCCGUGGUGACACAAAGCGGAUCACGAAAUCAUGGCACCGAGUUCUGUCGUUCAAGCCAUCAUAGACUUGUCUGCUGGAGCCUGUGGUGGUGUAGCAUGUGUACUGUGUGGCCAGCUGUUCGACACUGCCAAGGUGAAGAUGCAGACUUUCCCCAACAUGUACCGAGGCUUUAUGCAUUGCUUCGUGUCCAUCUCCAGACAGGUGGGCCUGCGUGGUCUGUACCAGGGGACCACCCCAGCUUUGCUGGCCAACAUUGCCGAAAACGCUGUCCUCUUCAUGAGUUAUGGCUUCUGCCAGGAUGUGGUGCGCUUUGCGAUCGGAUUGGACAGAGGAGCCGAACUCAGUGACGUUCAGAAGGCAUGCUCUGGCUCUGUGGCCUCCAUCUUCUCCUCUCUGGCUCUCUGUCCCACUGAGCUAGUGAAGUGUCGCCUGCAGGCCAUGCACGAAAUGGAAGCAUCUGGGAAAAUCGCCAGUGGACAGAAAAGCACAGUGUGGUCUGUGGUCAGGAAUGUCUUGAGGACAAAUGGUCCUCUGGGCUUCUAUCAAGGCUUGAGCACUACAAUAGUACGUGAGAUCCCUGGCUACUUCUGCUUUUUUGGAGGCUAUGAGCUGAGUCGCUCCCUUUUUGCCCGCACCAUGGGGAGGGACAAGGAGAACAUAGGGGUCGUUCCCUUGAUGUUCAGUGGUGGGUUUGGAGGGGCCUGUCUCUGGAUAGUAGUUUAUCCAAUAGACUGCGUAAAGUCCCGUAUUCAAGUGCUGUCCUUAGCUGGGAGGCAGGAGGGCUUCCUCAGGACUUUCAUGGGGAUUGUGCGAAAUGAAGGAGUGUGGCCUCUGUACUCAGGUUUGACCCCAACUUUGAUCCGGACCUUCCCUGCCAAUGGUGCACUCUUUCUGGCCUAUGAACUUAGCCGUAAGAUGAUGAUGAAACAGUUUGACGUUUGACUGUUACAACUGUAAAUUCAAAGGUUCCAGCCAUUCCCUUGCACAGCAAAGGUGCUGAUAUUGUAACACACAGUAUUGCAAAGUCAGGGAAUAAUUAUUAUUUUUUAUUAUUUCAUUUCAAAGGCGCUUCUAAUGCUGGCUGUUACUUUUGUAGUAUUGAAGGAAGUAAUCACAGUGAUUUUACUCUGAACAGUAUUCAUAUCUGUUUAGUAGCAGAAAGACUGUCAGCAUGAAAAUCAGGCAGUCAGCAUGUAUUGAAUCUAAUCCUGUCUGCCUGUCAUUAAAUCUCUCUUAAUUUGUCCUGA